CAUCACUAACCUCAUUCUUCCCUGUUCGAUAGCAUCUGUCCACGACGCGUGACGCUGAGUAAGUCAUUGUGCAACGUGAAAGAUCAUACAAACAUGACAAUAGUGUUUCCCCAUAACAUUGUCUCUGAGCAUGAAACGGAACGCCCCGUAUAUAUGGUAUACGGACGGGGAAGACGGCAGUUUGCGAUAGGAGCUGGUGAGAUGAGUCCGAAAGAGGUUUUCUGUUUUGGGUUAUUUCUGAGUGCGGUGGCUGCGGAGUACAGUGAUGGUUUACAUUUCAGGGGCUUCAUGCCAAGCUCCAGCUUUCGUACAGAGGACCAGCUAGCAGAGCCCUCGGCCAGGGUAGAGAAGAGCAGAGAAGAAAGGGACCAGAGUGAUCGCACGCAGCGCUUCGGGAUUUCCACCUACGGCACUACGGGGGCGCAGGGUUCGUAUGGCGGUUCCGCACCGGGCCUAUACGGCCCCUUGAAGAUAGACCUGGGCGGUGUGCUGAUCGGGUCCAUCCUCGGGUUCGGCGCCGUGCUGAUCCUGCCUAAGAUCAUGCACGUGCUUUCGUACGGCUAUGGUGGUGGAUACGGACGCAGUGUGGACUCAGAGUCGUCCCAAUUAUCAGACAUGCUGAACCGACUGGAUGAGACGCUAGCUCGGUACAAUAUCGACUCGGGUGCGUGUACUCAGCGGCUAGCGUGCUCUUAUGUUCAGCUGGCCAAUGAGAACAUGCAGGCCGGGAAUGCUACAGAGUUUGACGCGCUAUUGGCUAAUCUGUCCAGCAACUCGCUAGUCCGACGCAUGUUAGACGGCACAGCAAUAUUCGAAGCAGCGAGCGCGGGCCGCACGCACGGCGACUGUCAGCUACUAUACCCAAAGUGCAAGCUGGACAAGAAAACCGUCGUCAAGGUGCUGACGCAGCUGGUGCCCUCGUAA